CUCUCUCUCUCUCUCUCUCUCUCUCCUGCCGAUAAUAAGAAGCUUCCUCGCCGUCUCCUCUUUCUCCGUCCUAGCAAAAUCCUCCCCGUACCGAGAGCCAAAGAAACAACAAAGGCAGGGGAGAGGCCGGCGAACUACGCGAGGAAAAAAAUUUUCUUUCCCGGGAGGACGAAGUCGGGAGUCGGGACACGCGCGGGGUCAAAAUCGUCUCCGGUUGUUGGUGCCGCUGCCGUGCCGCUGCUGCUGCUGUCGGAGCCGAGCAGGAAGGGGAGAACGAGGCAACGAGCUUGGAGACAGCUCAAGAAGGAGUGGGACGGGGAGGCGGCAGCCUGCUUGUGAGAAGGCACCUGACACGUGAAGGAGCCCGAGCGAGGGUAGGGAGGAACCAAAUCGGGACAUGGACUCGGAGCACUGGAUCUCGCGCCUGGCCGCCGCCAAGCGCUACUACGCGGCGCAGCUCGGCCACGUCGACGAUGUGCCCGGGAUGGGGACGGAGGAGGUGGAGAUGGAGAUGGAGAUGGAGGACGACGGCGACAUGGAGAUGGAGAUGGAGAUGGAGAUGGCGCUGGAGCUCGGGGACGCGACGUGGCCGGAGGUUGCCUGCCCCUACUGCUACGAGGACCAUGACGUCGCGUCCCUCUGCGUCCACCUCGAGGAGGACCACCCCUACGAGCCCCACGCCGCGCCCUGCCCCAUUUGCUCCCAAAGGAUUACAAGAGAUAUGCUUAACCAUAUCACCAUGCAACAUGGUUACUUGUUCAAGAAUGGUCACAGGUCUCGCAGAUUUAUUAUUCCUGAGAGAGAUGCGAUUUCUUUAUUGAGCCGAGAUCUGCGUGGUACUCAUUUACAUGCUCUUCUAGGGGGUGUUCAUGGCCACAGAACAAAUAAUGCAGUGGCCACAAACAUUUCCAGUGAUCCUCUUCUUUCAUCUUUUGGCCUGAACUUCUCAACAUCAGAUGCACCAGAACCAUCAAAAUCAGCAUCUUCUAUUCCAGAUGGUGCCUCAAUACGUAAGGAGAUACCAGUUCAGCCUUGGGAAUCAAGUAUUGAUUCAUCUCUGACAAGCGAGGAAAGGGAGCAAAAGCGGAAACAAGCUACCGACAGAGCAACCUUUGUGCAAGGCCUAGUGCUGUCUACUCUAUUCGGAGAUUGAUUGUUCAAAACAGCCCUAGGUUCUUGCACUUGCUAGAUCGGCACUUACUCCUGCCUGGUCCACAUAGUCAGAUAGUGCUCAACCCGGUUUGGUGCAUCUAACUCUGAUGGCAGGAAAUUCGCCUCAGGAAACUUAGCCGCGUUCAUCUUUGUUUCAGUGAAUUGCGCAGUUGAUUCUACCAUGAUACAGCUUUGAUUUAAGCUAGCUGUUGUUGUACCUUUGUUUUUAUCAAUUUAUCAGCCAGCAAUUCUUAUCUGUAACUCACUGGUACAUUGUGUUUGUACCGACAUACAUAAUAGCUGUAACAUCUACUUACACAAUGCAAGAAAGACACUUGUUCGAGAGCAGUUGCCAAAGUGCAAA